AUGGCACCCUUUCAGCUGACUCUUUCUCUCCUCCUCGCCGUGAUAACAGCUUCUGCCAAUGCUGUGAGCACCACCUGGGAAGCUCAUCCUUCUCACCCAACCUUGCCAGGAACCGCUCCCAACUGCAACAAAUGGUACACUGCGAAGAAGGACGACGACUGUUCCACUGUGCAGCGUGAUUAUGGCAUUUCCGCCGAUGACUUCUUUCGUUGGAAUCCCUCGGUUUCUAAGGACUGUAAAAAGAAUUUUUGGGUAGAUACAUCGUACUGCGUUGGAGUCGGGCCAGCUAUCACCACCGAGACACCGACUCCAACGGUCCCAACCGCAGAUGGCAGCUCCACGACGACUACGUCUAUACAGACCACAAAGACUACGCCUAUCAUCUCUACCCCAGGCGACAAUGGGACCUCAACAGGCAAGGCCACCUACACGUUUAAUCAUCCCACUACCACCUGGACUCCGCCUCCGCCUCCGUCAGAGACAGCAUGGCCCCCUACCAAAACCCAGCCAGGCCAGCCCACAUCGUGCACCAAAUGGCAUGAGGUCAUGAUCGGUGAUACUUGUGACAUCAUUACAAGCCUCUACAGCUCGUGGAUGUCGAAGGAAGAUCUACUGGAGUGGAAUCCGGGCCUCCAGGAAGAUUGCGACGCCCCUCUCGUGGGUUAUUAUUUAUGUGUCAUGGUCAGGCCGGCUGGCUACAGCAUCACCUAUCCAACUGGUUCAACCCCGGUGGUCAUUCCGGACCCUACGCCUUACACGUCGCCGCCUCCAGUUUGCCCUAAUACCACUGACAUUGAGCUCCCACCUUCGCCAACACAGUCAGGGAUGCCCAGCAAAUGUCAAGUAUACUAUCAUGCUACCGCUCUAUCCAGGGAGACUCCUGCUCCAAGAUCUUAUCACAAUAUAACAUGCCGGAGAAGCUUCUUCAUGAAUGGAAUCCGGCUCUUGGUCCAGACUGCAAGGGCCUACUGCCUAACUACUAUUACUGUCUCCUUCCCAGUGGGUUCGUGCCCAUGCCACUCACCGUCACCACAACCCCGGCUCCCAUUCAAACCGGGAUCACCAGCAACUGCAAGGCUUGGUGGCGGAGGAAUCAGACCGAGACGUGCUCCGAUAUUGUACUCUCUUUUGGUACAUUCUCGGAGGAGGACUUCAAGGCGUGGAAUCCUGCUGUGGGCCAGAAAUGUACAGGGCUUAUCGUAA